AACCCUCGCGAGGGGACGGUUGGACCAGUCCGAACAAGUAACUAUGGCCACGCCAGCGCCGGGAUCAGCUCUGCUACCACUCGAACUCAUCGACAGAUGCGUCGGCUCAAAGAUCUGGGUUCUCAUGAAAGGAGACAAGGAAUUCUCGGGCACACUACUCGGAUUCGACGACUACGUCAACAUGGUGCUCGAGGACGUAACUGAGGUCGACGACGGUGGCGCCUCGACAAAGCUGCCGAAAAUCCUCCUAAAUGGCAACAACGUUUGCAUGUUGAUUCCUGGAGGUGGCCCUGAGGCCAUGGAGAUCUAGCACAGUGGCGGGCGUUUCUAUCCUGAUCUGGAGGUCUAACGGCAUGCCCAUCGGGCAUAGCCUAG